AUGAGCCCACAUGCUCUAGAUGUUGAAGAUGGAAAAGGCCAUGCCUCAGCUGAUUUACCCCCGGCCUACGAUGAAACAACAGUCCCAGAAUACGUGACGAUACCCUCAUUGAAUCUGAACAAAGACGCCGGAUCUCCUCGCAACUCCACUGUCACUCCCGACCAGUGCGCCGCUCAUCUGAAGCUCCUAGCAGUCUUCGCAGACUUGCGCGAUAACAUUUCAACACAAGAUGGUCUCUUCGGUCUACAUGAUGCUCAGGUAGAAGGGCAUCGAGAUGGGCGCAAUCACAUGCUUGCUAAAAUACGCGAAAAGCGAUGGGCUGUGUAUGUCAGCCGAGCGGCUGAGCGGUAUUCGGUUUGGUGGAGGGAGUGCGUUUCGAGUUCGGAGGGGCGGCCCACGCUCAAGACACUGCAGAAUAUUCACUAUGGGAGCAUUACGGGAUGUUUGUCGAGGAUCGCUUGGAGUCAGGAAUAUAUGCCGCCUCUCGACGUCUUGAUGGUAUGGCAUUCCCACGUGCUCAACCCGCGGUCUUUCCUCGAAGAUUGUAUCCGUUACGGGAAAAUGAGCUUCUGGGCAACCGGCUUCCCUUGGGCUGUUAUAAACGAGUGCUUCAACGACAGGACUUUGGAAUACGAUGCGAGGGAAAUUGCAAAAACUAACUUCGAACGAAAAACCAAACUAUCCUGGGAUAACCUCCAAGACCCGCCACGAAAAGAUAUCAAAUGUCCCAAUUGCGGAACCCUAAUGCAUGUCCUCUGGUCAGCAGGUCAUAUACCCUAUCAAUCCGCCAUUCCAUUCGAAAAAUUCUACGGCUUCGCAGAUAAGAGCUUCAAUGCAACCUGCUCCAAGUGCCGCUACAUUGUCACGCAUGACAAACUCAAGGUCGCCAAAUUCCGACGAGACGUUCAGCGACUGCUAGAACGAGACUCGCCAAUGCCAGGGACGCUCUACAACCUGAACGGCAUCCCAGAAGCAGCAGGAGGCGCUCGUUUUGGCUUAGAGUCGUUCUUCCCCAAUUGGCUCCUGCAGGCCGUGGGCAAGGACAUGCUCAUGGUCACGCACCCGCUGAUAAGCCGCUGCGAGAACAUGGCCGACAUCCGCGACGAACUAGAAUCCAAGCUCAAAAUCAUAGACGUCCUCUUUAAAAAGGCCGGCAAGCCUCCUCGUCGCCGCAUAGACCUAGAAGAAAAAGUCGCCUUUCGCCGAAUGAUGUCCAGCUACUGGGAAAACACCUCCGCCUUUUCCAUCGACCUCGUCGGCGCCGUCAUCAGACAAGGAACCUUCAUCCAGAAAAUGGACAACAUCGACUGGCUGCACUCACCAACAGCCAUGGAAACAAUGACCCGCCUAAUCAACAAAUACAAAGUCUUCUUCCACAUCAUGGUCACGAACCCGAAGCGCAUGGCCGUGCCCACCCUCGACGUCGACCUGGCCUGGCACACCCACCAACUCUCCUCAUCCCGCUACUUCCAAUACUCCGUCCUCAACUCGAGCUUCUACUCGGUAACCCAUGACCGCGUCUUCAUCGACCACGAUGACAAAGUCAGCGAAGACAAACUCUCCGACGGCUUCGAAUGGACAAGCAAAAUGUACAAAAAGAUAACCAACGGCGAAAUCUACAGCGAAUGCACAUGCUGGUACUGCGAAGCCAUCAGAGCCCCAGAUCUUCGAAGCGGAAUCUUCGUCUCCUCUGCUACAGCGCGAGCUCGCGAGACUGCUGCAGCCCUACACGAUCGAGACGACAUCUCCUCAGACCCAGAGAGAAAUCCACAUAUCUCCGCGCACAACGCCGUGAAACCAACAACGCUAACUAGCCACUACUCCGUCAGAAGAAGCCUGAAGGCAAUGCAGCUCCAGAGCAAUUAUGAGCGAGCACGCCGUCGCGCAGAGAAACGCGAGCGCAGAAACUCCAAGGAUGCCAAGGACGAUACUGCCAAGGACAAGGGCAAAGACAAAAAGAAUUCCGAUGAAGGGCCUGCGACUACUGCGUUUCCGAUUGUUUGGGGCGUGCCUGUUUACAUGCCAUACUAUGCGCCGUAUAUGUGUGACCCCGGUGUUCAUUCUGAUGCGUAUGCGGCAAAUCCAGCUUGUAUGAAUUUGACCCCCGGGGGCUAUGGGAAUUGUGCGGCGGGGACAUGCGGCGGUGCUGUUGCUGCUGGGAGUUGUGGUGGAUCGUCUGGGGGAUGUGCAGGUGGUGCCGUUGGAGGAAGCUGUGGCGGUGGUGAUGGUGGUAGUGGUGGUGGAUGUGGAGGCGGCGGGGGUUGUGGAGGAGGGGGAGGAGGAGGAGGAGGGGGGGGAUGUGGCGGUGGUGGAGGGGGUUGUUGA